AACAUGUGGAAGACUCAAGGUGGGGCAGCGCUGCCAGCAAAUAAACUAAACAUGGGAAUCGCUGCUUUUGGAAUUGCCUUUAGACUGGUUGAUCCCAACACUGAUAUAGUUGGUGCACCUACCAGCACUGUUCCUCCAGAAGAAGGGUGCUACACUGCUCAACAAGGCUUUUGGUCAUAUUAUGAGACUUGUCUCUACAGGCAGGGUGUUGCUGAGAAGUGGAUUCCGAGUCAGAGUGUUCCUUAUGCGGUCACACAAGGGCAAUGGGUUGGGUAUGACAACACUGACAGUCUUGAUGCAAAGGUGGCACAUAUUAAGUCUAAUGGCUAUGGGGGAGUAUGUGUGUGGGCUGUGGACCUGGAUGACUACACUGGACAGUUUUGCCGGAAUGGAACUAACCCCUUCAUAACAUACCUGAAAAGCAUUCUGUAG